UUUCUUUGAAUUUCACCUUUGUUGCCUAAGUCUUUCUGAUGGCUCGUACCAAGCAGACCGCUCGCAAGUCCACCGGCGGCAAGGCGCCGCGCAAACAACUGGCCACCAAGGCGGCCCGCAAGAGCGCGCCGGCCACAGGCGGCGUGAAAAAGCCGCACCGCUAUCGGCCCGGCACCGUGGCGCUGCGCGAGAUCCGCCGCUACCAGAAGUCUACCGAGCUGCUGAUCCGCAAACUGCCAUUCCAGCGGCUGGUGCGCGAGAUCGCCCAGGAUUUCAAGACCGACCUGCGCUUCCAGAGCUCCGCGGUGAUGGCGCUGCAGGAGGCGUGCGAGGCCUACCUGGUGGGGCUCUUCGAGGACACCAACUUGUGCGCCAUCCACGCUAAGCGCGUCACCAUCAUGCCCAAGGACAUCCAGCUCGCCCGCCGCAUCCGCGGGGAGAGGGCGUAAGUUGUACGUUUAAGUAACUGCUAACCCAAAGGCUCUUUUCAGAGCCACCUACAAUUUUCAGUUUGAAAAGUUGUACCACAGACAUGUAAGAUCUUUUACCUAACUGAGCCAAGAGUCCCAAUAUGUGUAGCAGUGGGCGGCUGUAGUGUCGGAGCAGCAUUAGCAUGCGCUGGACAUUUAGCUCGGUACCCACGCCCUCGCGGAAGCUCCGGGCUCAACUUCGCCAGGGUGGAUCUGUUGCCAGUGGCUUUUGUCCCACUUUCGCCAGCUUUGGUUAGCUUACGCAAG